AUGUCGUCAGGUAUGCCAGACGUUGGACUACUUGUCCUAUCGACAAGAAAUUUACCAAAGUUGAAAACGUUACUCACCACUGCCGCUCAAUCGGUCUCAUCACGUCUUUAUAUACGAGUGCAAGGAGCUUGUUUGGAUUCAGUACUUCCAUCAUUAUAUCUUCAAUCAUCGAUUCACUGUCCUCAUUUGGAUGUGCGCGUUUUACUCGGCAAGAAAGUCCCCAAUUAUGGGCGUCUUAUCGGCGAGGAAACGUUACAGGACCCCUCAAUCACCAUACCGAAGUACAAAAAAGUGGUCCUUGGUGGCACAUUCGAUAGGCUACAUAAUGGUCACAAAGUUCUGCUGUCAAAAGCUGCUCUCUUAGCCAGUGAAAGUGUAGUUUGUGGGGUAACAGACAAAGCUAUGAUUGAAAAGAAGUCUUUGUGGGAAUUGAUCGAACCAGUGUCCACUCGAAUCGAAGCAGUCGAAGAUUUUAUAGCCGACGUUUCUGAUUCUGUAGUGUGUUUAGCGGAGCCGAUUGAGGAUCCUUUUGGGCCGUCAACAAGGAUUCCCGAUCUGGAAGCAAUAGUAGUGAGCAAAGAAACAAUCAAAGGAGGAGAAGCUGUUAAUCGAAUGCGGAAGGAGAAAAAUAUGUCCGAAUUAGUCAUGAUAACCAUCGAUCUCUUGGAAGCAAUCGAUGAUGUACUGAAGGAAACUAAAAUUAGUUCAUCAAGUCGACGGAGGGAGGAUCUCGGCAAGCUUCUGAAGCCGCCUACACCUCACCCUGAACGGCCAAAUCGACCGUAUGUACUUGGACUAUGCGGCGGAAUUGCGUGCGGAAAGAGUAAUAUUGCAAAAUAUCUGCGGGAAGAGCCAGGCUUUGAGGUUAUUGAUUGCGACAAGUUGGCUCACAGCUGCUAUGAGCCUGGAGGUGAACUCACCGAAUCAAUAGCCAAAAAUUUUGAUGGUGUCGUGAAGGACGGUGUAGUAGAUAGAAAGCUUUUGGGACAAAUCGUGUUCGGAAAUGAGGUCAAAUUAAGAAUGUUGUGUGAAUUAGUUUGGCCCGUACUCAUGAAGAAAAUAGAAAAAAUGAUCGCUGUCUCCAAAAGUGACGUUGUAGUGAUAGAAGCAGCAGCGAUUGUCGAAGCGAAUUGGCAUCACUACAUGAAUGAGUUAUGGACGGUUUUCGUUCCACAUGAGGAGAUGAUCAGACGGAUAAUUGAACGGGAUAGCCUUUCGAAAGAACAGGCAGAAGCUCGUAUAAGAAGUCAACUCUCCAACAAAGAUCGUAUUGCGCAUAGUCACGUAGUUUUCUGCUCACUCUGGGCUUACGAGGAGACUCGAGCUCAAGUAAACAGAGCUUUAAAGGAUCUGAGGUCUCGACUUCCCGCAAAUUCCCCAUGA